AUGCCCGGAAGAUUCACUGGGGAUUGUGUGAAAAAUGGAAAAAUGACUGGUUUCAUAACAAGGAUAGACACAUGGACCACCGGUAAUAAAUUGAGAUGCCGUUCACAGCGUUAUCGUCACAUGGUAUGUGUUUUUGGCGUAGAGGAUUUCGUCUGGCUCGCUAAGCAUCCGAAGUUAAUGGCUAACAAAAUGAUGCCUUCCUUUGACUAUGGCGUUGUGGAUUGUAUGCACGAGCUUAUUUUCAAUCGUACCCAUCUUGGACAAAUCAAUCACAUAUGGGAUUUGGAUGGAGUACGAAAACCAACCACAUGUGAGCUUACUUUCCAGCUUCGUCAUAAAACUGACCUACAACUUGAACGAAUUAUUAUCGAGCGCUUCAAAUGCUUCAAGAGGUUUUUCGAGUGGUACAUUACCAUAAGUUUCGUCAGAAUCCCUAUCCGGAUUUCAAAUUGGAUUGCAGCUAUGGUAAUCAGAAGGUUCUCCAAGAUUUAUAAACUGUGUGAUGAAUGUUUAACAAGUGUUUAUGAGAUUGUCCAAAGUCAUGAAAGUGUCUCGUGUGUCACUUUUGUGCAGCUAUUUUCACAGAAAAUAUAA